AUGGUAUUGACUGAAGAGCACGAUUCCUUGACUGGCGGUACAGCCACAGCACCGCCACGACACAACCCCUUCCGAUGGAGCGUACUUGCCUUAACCUGUCUCGGUCUCUUCGGACAAUUCUAUGCCUAUGACAAUCCGUCUACACUCUACAAUGCCAUCGAAGAUCACUUUGCUGGGAAAGACGCGUCUGCGACAGCAGGAGCAGCGAAGAAUACCCAAGCUCCUCCUUCUGCCGCACCCACAGCAUCCGAAGAUCCGAAUUUUAACAUCCAUUUCAACCUUCUCUACACGCUGUAUUCUUGCCCCAAUGUCGUGUUGCCGCUUUUGGGUGGCGUUUUCAUGGACCGGGUGGGAGUGAAGGUAGUUGUUCUAUCUCUUCUUGUUUAGUGGGUCCUCGUCCUCCUAAUCAUACCAAAUAACAGCUCGACGUCAUGACAUGAUGUGACAACUGUCUGUGAGAAAUGAGCUAGCGUCAUGGCCUAUGGCCUUGAUCUCUAUCAGAACUAGGCUCUACGGGUACUACGGACAGUGCCAUCAGGGACCCACGCAUGUACUGCUCUACUAAGAUACAGCUUCGCUUAUAAAUUUGCAAGUGAUGAUGAUGUCCUCUAAUAUAAUAUCCCCCACCAUUUUUGAUUUUACCACCACAAACAUAAUUACCCUACUCACCCAGCACAGGUUUCAGUGAUGGUUCUCACUGCCUUUGUUGUUGCCGGCGCGGCACUUGUUACUGCCGGAUGCUGGGCCAAAUCCUGGAUGCUCAUGUGGGCUGGCCGCGUCUUAUUCGGAGUAGGUGGUGAAAGUUUGCAAGUCGCUCAGAAUGCUCUGAUCUUUACGUACUACUUGUUCCUUAUAUGUAGUUGUAGAGUCCGUACUACGAGUGAUGCAAGAACUUGUCAAGACAACAACUGGGUAAAGGGGUCAACUACACUUACUCAUUACUUGUUCCUUAUAUGUACUAGUGUCUGACUUCUCUGACCUUUUCUAGCAAGAAACUCCAAGUCCAAUGUUGAUGAACCUCCCACCUUCUGGUAUCCAAAACUGACUUCUCGGCUCUUCGGGAGAGCCUGAUCGCUCCUGAUGAUGUGAUCCAACCACCACAACAGUUACUUCGAAGGUGCCGAGAUUGCAACUGCCAUGGGCUUGAACCUUUGCGUUGCUCGCAUGGGAUCCAGCGUGAAUGCAGUUGUGACACCUCAGAUUGCUCAAUGGUGUGGCGGAUCGCCUGUUAUACCCUUUCUAGUCGGCUUCGGGAUGUGCGUUGCUUCUGCGUGGGCAAACUUCUUGUCCGUAUCAAGGGAGUCGAUCAAGUGCGGCAAGAAGUCAACAGUCAGCGGAGAUGAAAAGGACCACGACUCUCCACCUUCCUCCUUGAACGAGAUUUUGCAUGCCAGUCCGAAUUACUGGAUCCUGGUAGCACUUUGUGUGCUCAUUUACGGUGCGAUUCUCCCGUUCAACAACAUCGCGCAACCGCUGUUUGUUGCCACGACCUACUCUGGUGAGCCCACUGCAGUGGCGUCUGCGCAUGCAUCUCAAGCAUCCGCAAUGAUGUUCAUGAUUAGCGCAUUUGCGACGCCGUUUGUCGGAAAAUUCAUCGACAAAUACGGACAAAGGCCCUUGCUGAUGGCAAUUGCAGCGUCGCAGAUGUUGAUGACUUUAUGGUUGCUGGUGCUGGAAGUUUUCUUGUAGCUCCUAGUUGUACUAGAUGAAGUUCUGUUUGAUUGUUGCUCAUGCUACAACUGGAUCUUUGUCUCAAAUACAACAUGUAGAUCUAGAUCUUCUCGAGCACCAUUCUUGUUUUUUCCGCUGCUCCACCUCCCUUCCUCCUUCAUCCUCCCACGCCUCGAUGAUGAACUUGAGUCCCUAUGCGGCAAGUAUCUCUCUUGGAAUCGUUUACACGGCGUUUGCUGCGGUUCUAUGGCCAAGUAUUCCACUCACGUUGCCGCGUCACUGCGUUGGUACAGGAUACGGUGUCUGCACAGCACUGCAAAAUGGAGGAUUAGCGCUGUUCCCGAUUAUUGUGGGGAAUAUCCAGGAAAAGAUGGAGGUACUUAAUCUUUUUUCUUCGAUCAUGAUGAAUAGCGUAUCAUUUCUGAUCUUUUUUGUUCGAUCAUCGUGAUUGAAUAGCGGGGUGGACCUACUAGAAGUUGUAUACUAGUAGUUCUUCGACUAGGAGCUCAUGACUACAGUUUUUGAUCAUGUUCCCCAGAGCAGUACAACUUUACUGUUCUGAGGAACAUGAUCAAGAACUGUGGGCACGAGCAGUACUCUUCAUGUUUCUUCAUCACGCACACACACACCUCCUCAACAACAGACCGCCUCGACCAUAUCGAUCGCCGCCCGACUCAGCUCGUACGCCGAAAUUGAGCAUUUCUUUUCUUUCGUAUCCCUCCUUUCCGCCAUGCUAGGCUGGUAUCUGUACUCGAUAACCUCAAGAAAAAGUCUCCUUGUUUUGCCCAGUGGCUCGCCUGCAGUUGGAUCCAGCAGUGUUCCCAACAGUCCCGACGCAAAGGGGAAUGCGUCUUCACCUGAUCUAGAUCUGGGAAAGAGUCACCCACACAUCAUGGACGAGCAAAACAAUGCUGCGUUUUCGAAGGGGUCGAUGGACUCUCGCUUCUACGGUGAUCAAUACGGCGCGACGAGCGGUGAGGAAGUACCUCUGCGCAAUACACCCAGUACGACAGACGACGAUCAUAGCUCCUACGGAGGAGGAGGUUCGAGGCGGCUUUUUCUCAAUUAAAAGUUGAGACGAGUAAGAUCACCUGUUGAUGUUCUACUUAUCUUGUGGUCAUGGUACAUGAUGUCAUCCUGAACUGAAGUUUAAAUGGAGGAUGUACUUAAUUAGGUUAGUGAAUGUUGUUAGCUCCUUAAGCUUUCUAUUUCUUUUCCACGUCGUUUCCAGGGGACUGGAUGUAUCAUGAAGAUUCAUAGAUGAUUAUAGUCCAUGCUCAUCUAGCCCUGUGGAGGCGACGGCUUGUGAACAGAGAUCAUGCAUAUUACAGUCAGGACCUGUUGAUAUUGGUCGACCAAUAUCUGCACCCUGGCGGAGAGCACAGAAUUAUGCAUUUUUGUCUUGUUUUUUCAGGUCAGGUAAAGUUCAUCGAGGUCGAGUAGUUGAGAACGUGUCGUACUCGUCGUACAGUUAGGGGCGGUUUUGCGUGUUGUUGAGAAUUCAUCUUCAUCAUGACAUCAAAGAAGUGUGCAACAUGUACAUGGGAAAACAUGUGCAAUUUUUGCAGAGCUACUACACGAAGUACACUGAGGACGCUGACCAGUAUCUCCACCAAGUAGACUUAGAUAAAGGCAUAGACUUUCUUUCUUAUUCUUAGUUUCUAAGUAAACUAUACUUAAAUUUAUUUGUUAGUUUGGGGGGUUGCGGGAGUAGAAUGUGGGGUAUCUAUGUACUAUUAGGAACAGCAAUUAUCUAGCUACAACAUCAACAGCGACAUCCCUCUGACUGUUUGUACUCUUUAUUUUGUGAUAGUCUAAGUCAUCAACUACAUGCCCUCGCCACACCACGAUAAACAGGAUCUAUUGUUGCUAAGAGGUUCAAAGAAAAUACCGCUCCUGCCAUCUGGAAUGAGACAGUCUGCAUAGAAUGGUAGAAUAUCUACAAUAUGAUGGAAGUAGAAGGACUUGCUGAAUCACGAUGGAGAUCAUCGCCCUCCUUGAAGAAUGAAAUUCAAAACUCCACCUCGCGAUGUGCUCCGAUAUGAAGUACCACUUGAAUCACAAUCAUCUUACCACGGAACAAUCAGAAUUAACUUUCCACGGAACAAUCAAUGCCAGUCUGCACUGAACUUCGGUGCGAGAUUUAU